AUGGCCGACCCCGGCGGCGUCAUCAACCCCAACAGCGUCCAGCUCUGCAAGUUAGUCGGGUGGGCGUUCAUCAAGAACCGACAAGCGCGCGCGGACCGCGAGUGGUGGCGCCACACGUACGGAGGCGAGCCGUGGCGCGGUACACCGUAUCGACGGCCGGAGGCGGAAGAGAAGCGCGCGCCGAGAGAAGCGACGACCGCGACGACGACGACGACGACGACGACGCGCGAAGACGACGAAGACGACGUCAUGGACGACGCGGAGAUCUACCUCGAGACGCUGGGCAUCCCGCGCGGCCUCCCCACCCUGCGCGUCGUCUACGAGAAGCGAACGCUGGGCGAGCGCGAGGGGAAUACGCCGCGUCCGAUAGCCCCGGGCGAGCGGUUCUCGUCGCGUCACGACGCGUUCCUCCAGGCCGCGCCCGUGGUGUCCUGGCGCGACCUCGACGCGGCGGUCGACGGCGAAGAGAGAAGGCCGCGGCCGCGGCCGCGGCCGCACGUCGUCGUCAUGGUCGACCCGGACGCGCCCGCGCCGAGGACGGCGGGGCGCCGACACCUUCCGGGCGCGGCGGGGCCGUGGCUCCACGCGCUGUGGAAAGACUGCGAUGGCGACACGAGCGCGGCGGCCACGGCCCCGGGCGAGGCGCGUCCGCGCGCGCGCCGGUUCCCGUCGAGGACUUUCUUUCUUUCCCCUCCCGCGCGCGGCGAGGACGCGCACGAGGAGGACCUGUCGCGCGUCCCCGGGUUGCUCGUGCCGUACAACGGCCCGUCGCCGCCGAGCGGGCAUCAUCGGUACGUGUUCGUGUUGUUCGAGCAGACGGACGACGCGGAGGUUCGCGCGGAUGGGCGCGGCGUCGAAGAGCCCGCGGCGUUUGAGAGGAAGCGUUGGGACUUUAAGAAGUUCCUGGAGCAGAACCCGGGGCUGAGGCCGAGGGCGGUGAACUACUUCGUGUGCUCCAGGGAGCGGCACUGA